AUGUACAAAAAAGUUCUUUUACCAGUCAACUUCUUCCUGCAACCUCCCCCCAAACUCCACCAAAAAUCGGAGCUUCAGAUACGGAGAAGCAGCAAACCUGCGAGCUCAAGAGGAAGCCGCCGAGCGGCUGGGGUGCGGGUCUCCCGGAACUCGGAGGCCCAGCGGGACGUCCCCGGUCCCCGCCGGGCGGCUGAGCCUUACCAAGGACAAGGAGCGCGUAGCCGGAGCUCCGAAGCCAACAAGCCAAGCCCCGUAAGGCCCGGAGAGGGGAACAAAGGGCCCGAUACGCAGAGGCGACGGCGGAAGACCGACCUCACCGCGCUGGGGUCCAGCUCCGCGCCCGCCGCUGGACUCGGCGGCCCGGAUCCUCGCGCAGGCCCAGCCUGCCGACAGCGCCUAGCGCCCCCGCCUACCCUGACCGCAGGCUCUUACCCUGGCUCGCCGUACCAAACAGCUCCGGAAACCGCAGGCCGCGCAGGUCGAGCCAGGCAGGCGGCACAGGAAAAGCCGUGUCUCGUCCCUCCCCUUCCUCCGCGGGGACCCGGUGACAAGGAAGCGAGAGGCUCCCCCGAGCGGCGGCAGCCAGCGCGGGUCCCGACCCCAGCACGCGGCUCCUCAGACCCUGCGGUUCAGAGCCAGGUCCGCGCGGGGCCGUCGGCGGCAGCGGGGAGACGCCGCGUCCAUCGCCAGCCGGGCGGGGGCAGGAGAAGGGUCGGCCGAGCGCCGGGCGGGGAGGCUGGUGAAGGCCGCGCCGGCGGAGGCGGAGCGAACGCCUCCCGGCCGCCCUGCCCGCGGCCACCUGGGGCGCUGCGGAGGCCGGACCCCGCGGCACGGGGCGACGACGGGGGGCGCCGGGCUCCUUCGGCGGUCGGCUACGGCUCUCCUCAGCCCGGCCUCCCGGCGCCCGAGUCGCCGCGCUGUCAAUCCGCGCGCGCCGCCAGCAGCUGCUCCGCGCACGCUCCGCCCGUCUCGCCCGGCGCGAGCCGCUCCGGAGUCCUGCGGAACGGAGGCCACCGUCUCGCAGGCGCUCGGCGUGCCCGGGUCACCCCCUCCUCCGGACUUUUAAAGCCAGCGGUUUACCAGAACGCUUCCCAGCGAGCCUGGGAACUCGGCGAGCGCUGCGCAGCCGGGCGUUAUCGCCUCGGCGCAGAUGGGACCAGGACGGCUGCGGGAACUCGUGCCUCCUGCCUGCCCACCGUGGAGUCCCGGGAAGCAGCCAGCAUCGAGGACUUCCCACACAGUUGCCUUCGGCUCGUGGUCACUUGUACUUCCGUAGUUAUUCCCGUCAAACUUUUAUUUCAUGGGCGUUGAAAAAUCAAAUACUAGCCGCUGCUAGUGGAGUCCUCACGUAACCGUGACACUAGAGAACUGGAGGCUGGAGUUCAAGGUCAUCCUUGGCUACAAAAUGAGGUCGAGACUUGUCUGGGCUACAGGGCGGCGACGGUGGUGAUGAAGAAGGAGCAGCCAAGGGAGAGAAAAAGAGGAAGAAAAAGACUCCAUACUGAACUCAUCCUUUGAACAACAACAACAAAAUAGCAGUAGAUACCUAAUUUUAGGAAAGAACUGUAUGCAAAGACCGAGGCUAGUAGUUUUCAACCCUGGCGGCACAUUAGAGACACCCGGAAAAGUUUUCAUUAGAAGAGUUUUAGAUCCACAGCAAAUUGAACAGAAAGUACAGAGAAUAAGUUAUGGCUACCCUGUUCUGUAUCAUGUGUUCCUGGCCAGAUGCCUGGAAUCUACCUUCACAGACUAUGAACGGCUCAUGCAGAAAUUUCCAAAGUUCCCCAACAGGAAAAAUACUUUCUAACAAUGUAGCUACCACAGGACUGUGGCCAGAACAAAUGAAAAACUCUUCAAACCCAAGAAUAAGAAAAAACCUUGCCAGGCAGUGGUGGCGCACACCUUUAAUCCCAGCACUUGGGAGGCAGAGGCAGGUGGACUUCUGAGUUGAGGCCAUCCUGGACUACAGAGUGAGUUCCAGGACAGCCAGAGCUACACAGAGAAACCCUGUCUCAGAAAAGAAAAAAGAAAAGAAAAAAACCUUAAUUAGAAAUUGUAAAAGACUGGAGACAUUUAACCAAGAAGACAUCCCAGUGGCUGGCGAGAAAGCAUAUGAAAGAUGCUUAACAUUAUCUGGCCUUGAGAAAUUGAAGAUACUCACUGGUGGUCUGUGCGUUUGGUUCCCAGUACCCAUAUCAGGCAGCUCACAUCUGAUGCCUCUGGCCUCUACAAGCACCUGCGUUUACAUGCAUUCACCCACACACAGGCAUGCACAUGUGCACAUAAUGUAAAAGUAAUUUAAAUAAAUCUUUGAGGAAAAGAAAUUUUAAAAUAAUACUCUAGAGCUAUAGAUAACAGCUCAGUUGGUAGGGUACUUACCUACUACACACAAAGCCUGGGUUCUCUGUCCAGGACUGGAUAGAACCAGGCCCUAAAACUGGGAUUGGUGGGACAGACGGACAGACUUUUAAUUUCCAUCACAGGCAGAAGAAGCAGUUCAAGAGCUUCCUCAGCUACAUAAUGAACUUCCUCAGCUACAUAAUGAACUGGGUUCCAGCCUAGAAUACAUAGAAUGACCGUGUCUGAAGAAGGGAAAAGAGGGCAGAGGGAAGGAAGGGAACACUCGAGACUUCUAAACAUCAUUAGAAGGGCGAAAAACCAAAGCCCAAUAACACCAAACGCUGGAAGGGUGUGAUUCAGCCGGAGCGCUCUUGGUACCCGUGGAAAGUAAUAGUGCCCCUGUGUAAGAUAAAAAAAGGCUCUGGUUUUGUAAAAGCAGGCAUGGGCAAAGCCAAGAACCUAGGACCCACAUGAAAGCCCACAGGCAGUGACAGGUGCCUGCGGUCCCGGCGCCUCCCGCGGAGAGCUAGGAAACAGAAGAAUCACCUGGAAUCUUACAGGCCAGCUCUCCAGGGGCGGGGCGUGAUGCAGGGCAGAAAGGAGAGAGAGAGAACCAACUCCCGAACCUUGUAGAGGUUUGUUUUCCCUUUAGAAGUUGCUUUAUCUAUGAGCGAGGCAUGGGGGCACCCACCUUUAAUUCCUGCACUCAGGAGUCAGAAGCAGGAAGGUCUCUGUGAGUUUGAGGUCAGCCGGGGAAAGCUACAUAGUGAGACCCUGUGUUCAACAAGACAAAUUUGUUAUGUACAAAUAACAGGCAACAUUCUAUCCAUGAGUCCUAUUUUCUAAGACCUUAAAAAAAAAAAAAAAAGAAAAGAAAGAAAAUAGACAAUACUUUUUAAAAGGCAAGAAGAGUCUUCUGCUUCUAGAUGAUUGCUGGGCUAGAGAGAGAGGGAAGUUUGUUGAACCGAAAGUGACAACUUAGAAUUGCAUAUUCUCCAGAACAGGAAUAGUAAGGUGACGAUUGGGGGCACCUAAGAGUACUGGCUGCUGUUCCAGAGGACUGGGUUUCAGUUCCCAGCAUCCACACAUGGAAGCUCAUAUCUGUAAUUCAAGUUCUGGGGUAUCCUAUACCCUCAGACAAACAUGCAGGCAAAACACCAAUCAAUACACAUUAAAAAAUUAGAAAUGACUUAAAAAACAGUAAGAUGACCUCGGAGCAAGUUUAUUCAACAUCCCUGGACAUCCACAGAUGCCUACCAGAGCCAUUGAAGCAGGUCAGGAAGUCCAACGUAAUUCAGCUGCUCCAACAAUCCAAUCCACAGAGGCUCCCAUAAAGGUUAGGGUCCUAACCUCCGCACUUACACCAGGCAUUCAUAGACCCACACUUACACAUCAAAUAAAUAGCUGAGCGAGGUGAUGUAUGCCUCUAAUCUCAGCACACAGGAAGCAAAGAGCUCAAGACCAGACUGGUCUAUGUAGUGAGUUCCAGGCUAGUCAUGGCUACAUAGUGAAACCUUAUCUCAAAUAAAUACAUAAAUAAGCAUAUAUAUGUAUAUAUGUAUGUAUAUGUAUAUACUUUUACCAAAUAAUCAGCAGCCACCCUCAAUAUCUACCCAACGGAGUUGAAAACUUAAGUUCAAACUUAAGCCCAAAGUUGAAAACUUUGAGGGGAUUUUGUUUGUUUCAUUUUGACUUUUGAGGUCAGGUCUCACUUGGCCCAUGAUGGCUUCCAGUUCACCAUGUAGCUGAGGAUGGCCUGCUCCUCUGGGUCUUCUUACCACCACCUCCUAAGUACAAGGAUUACAGGCGUGUACCACAGGGUGCAUACAGAUACUGAUGGCUACUUUAUUCAUAAUUGUUAAAAUUCAGGGAAAAGACAGAAUAUAUCUCAGCAUUGGAAAUUUGUGCUUAGUAUGUACCAGGCCUUCGUUCCACAAAAUACUAGCAACAGAACCUAGAAGCAACUAAGACAUCCUUUAAUAGAUGAAUAAACACAUACCCUUCAAAAGCUGACAUAUCACUUAUCCAUCCAUUAGGUACUAUUCUCUUCCUUCCUUCCUUCUUUCCUUCCUUCCUUCCUUCCUUCCUUCCUUCUUUCCUUCCUUCCUUUCUUUUUUAAAGACUUAUCUAUUUUAUGUGUGUGUGUGUACACUACAACUGUCUUCAGACACACACUACAAGAGUGCAUGGGGGCCAGGCGUGGUGGCGCAUGCCUUUAAUCCCAGCACUCGGGAGGCAGAGGCAGGCAGAUUUCUGAGUUCAAGGCCAGCCUGGUCUACAGAGUGAGUUCCAGGACAGCCAGGGCUAUACAGAGAAACCCUGUCUCAACCCCCCCCCCACAAAAAAAAAAAGAGUGCAUCGGAUCCCAUUACAGAUGAUUGUAAGCCACCAUGUGGUUGCUGGGAAUUGAACUCAGGACCUCUGGAAGAGGAAUCAGUACUCUUAACCACUGAGCCAUCUCUCCAGCUACUAUUGUCUGGUAUGCCUGUGAGUUUACCUCAACUACUCCCUUUUUGGAAAUGUGAAUUUUAAUAUGCUUUUAUCUGAAAGGUGACAGUAUUUGCAAGAUAGAAUUUUAAAAUUAACCAUAUAAUACAGAAUGUAUGUGUCUCCAAAAUUUUAAUGGCUAACUUGUCAAAUGCUUUUAGUCUUUUAUAGUGUGUAUGUGUGUAUGUCCAUGGUAACUGUGUGGAGGUCAGAGGACAAUUUGUAGGAGACAGUUCUCUCCUUCCACCACGUAGGUAGAAGGAUCUACCUACCACCACAUAGGUAGAAGGUCUGGUGGCAAGUGCCUUUCCCCACUGAGCCAUCUUGCCAGUCCACAAAUACCUGAUUGAAAUUCAUUUAUAUCAACUAUGAAAUCCCAACAACAUUUGGGGAGCCUUGGUAAAGGCUGAAUAGGAAUUGUUAAAAAUAAGUUUUGCAACAUUUCUUGUGGUUUUGUGACAAGGUCUUACUACCUAGAACUUGCUUUGUAGCUAAGGCUGGCCUCGAACUCAUGGACAUCUGCCUCUCAACUGCUAGGAUUACAAGCACGAACCACCAAGCUUAACCUAUUUUUUUUUUUUUUUGCAAUUUUGAUAAGCCUCAACUUAUUUCAGAAUAAAAAGUUUUUUGAUGACAGUAAAUUUAGCUUAUAAUGGCUAAUUCUAAGAAAUAACUUUCUUCCAGGGAUCAUCAUGGUUUUCCUAAACAUUUUUAAAAUGAUGCACUUAAAAUAAAUCCUAGAAUAUUGAUACGUUGUUACAGGAUUCACGAUAGCUGCCAUAUCCCUUGGUAGUAGAGUCAAAAGCCAAACAGUAGAGCAAAUGCUGAGCACUCCAUGUUCCUAGUCAGUCGUUCCUGUUCCAAGGCUAAUACACUCUUCCAUAAUUUGCUACCAUCCUUUCCUUUUGUCUUGAGGAAAUUUUUUUCUUGCCGGUAAAUAAAAGGUCUAUUGUCCUGCUUUAACAUUCUUAGAUACAUGAAUAUCAUGCAAUACACUUAGUUAUAGGAAAAGUGGAACCUAAUUUGCAAAAGUAGAAAUGUGCUUCUACAGUAAAAGUAGAAAUGAGAAAUGUUCUACAAAAUGUAGAAAACUUUCAGUAACUUUAUUUUUAUGAAGAAUAUUAUUAUCAAUUGCAAAAUGUGUAUUGGGGAAGUUGCAUAAUUUGUGCAGACUUUUUAAAACUGUCCUCCUGGAUACUAAGUGGUUACCAUUACUUGUUUUUGUCUUUGGUAACAAUAGAAUGGUUUCUAAGACAAUCCUAAUCCUAGACUGCUUGGAUAGCGAGCACAAACAAGCCUACAGUCUGUUCCCCAGCACCGGGUAAAACUGGGCAUCACGGUGAAGGCCCAUAGUCCCAGCAGGGAGGAAGUAUCAGGACAGCCAGAUGUUGAAGGACAAACUUAUCUACAUCCUGAGUUUGAGGCCAGCUUGGGAUAUGUAAGACCCUGUCUCAAAAAAUAAACAUAUAAAGUCAUACAACAUAUAAAUGUUUAUGUGUGUGUGGGUGUCAUACUACAAUUAUAUCAUAAUCUUAUUGUUAACCAAUAUGAAGGGAGUAUGAUAUUAAACUAGACUUAAAACUCUU